UGAAGCCCAAAAUUGUAGAGAGAGAGAGAGAGAGAGGGGGGUUGAUUCAGGCUCGGUCUUUCCUUUUCCGUGAAAGAAAACGAACUGAAACCCUAGAGAAUUUUGAAUAAAUUAAAUUCUCUCCCUCAAUAUUUGAGCUGAAAAAAACCUUUUUUAAAUACAUUUUUGGGUAAUUUUAAUUUUUUUUUACUCUCUUUUGAGCUUGGGGUUUGGAAUCUGGAAAAUGAGCAGCAGAAAAGCAGAGGAGCGAAACGAGAAGAUUAUAAGGGGUCUCAUGAAGCUCCCUCCGAAUCGAAGAUGCAUAAACUGCAACAGCUUGGGACCUCAAUAUGUUUGCACAAAUUUUUGGACUUUUGUUUGCAUGACUUGCAGUGGAAUACAUCGUGAGUUUACUCAUCGCGUGAAGUCUGUUUCUAUGGCUAAGUUUACUUCUCAAGAAGUGGAUGCUCUUCAAAAGGGUGGUAAUCAGCGUGCCAGAGAGACAUACUUAACGGCCUGGGAUCCACAGCGGCAGAGACUUCCUGAUAAUAGCAAUGUUGAUAAAGUUCGUGAGUUCAUAAAGAAUGUUUAUGUAGAUAAAAAAUAUGCCCUGGAGAAGUCAUCUGACAAACCACCAAGAGAUACACAGAACGCAAAACGCCAGGAAGAUGAGACAAGGCGAGCAAGUUCAUACCAUUCUUAUUCACAAAGUCCACCAUAUGAUUUUCAGUAUGAAGAACGACGCUAUGGGAAACACGCACCUGGACUCACUAGAAAGCCUGGGUCAGAUCGAGGCCCAUAUGGAGAAAAACUGUCUAAUUUCUCGAGUCCUGGCCGUGCUAAUGAUAAUGUAUAUGAGGACAGGUCUGAUGUGCUAUCACCUUCCUCCCAGAGAGACAUCGGAAGCCACUUCAAUGCAACGUCGAUAGAAGUUGGACGGCAUCAUGUGGUUUCCAACCAUUUAGAUGCAUACACCAAAAGAGAUGGAGGAAGAAUGCUGCAUCCACAGAGAACUGCAUCUUCAGGUUCAGGAAGCUUUGGAUCAUUUGAUAGCAAUUCCAUGUCUUUCACAUCAGUAAAUUCUUUUAACUUGCUGGAAAUUGCCUCAGAAUCCGGUCAAUCUGCUGAGACUUCCCAUCAAACACAGCGUUCAGUAUCUGAGAACUUUGAUAGCUUGGAUCUUUUCAGUGCACCCUUUGCAACACAAAAUGUUACCUCAGCAUCUUCAGCAGCUGGUAUGACUCAAUUUCCAGACUCAAGUCCAGCUCAAUCCGUUGAUUUGUUCCAACAAUCUUCUAAUCCUUCCGUUCCAACUUUCAACUCACAUCAACCAUCCCAAACCCUUCCUUCUUCAUCUUUAGACUUAUUUGCUGCGAUGCCUCAGCAGCAAUCCUCCAAUGGAAAAAUCUCCAAGGGAAUGCCAAAAAAUGAAGGAUGGGCAACAUUUGACAGUCCUCAGAACGCAUCAUCUAUGGGAAUUGAAAAUUCAACCCCUGCCAUAGUACCAUCUUCUGACAUGAGUUUUCUAGGAAACAUAGAUUUGGGAUCGCUUGUGCAUUGUCACUCCUCUCAAGAUUCUUCUGACCAUCGACCUUCCGCAGAUAUGUCUAAUCUAUGGCAUGAAGGUGCACAAAAUUUUGAGGCAACCACAAAAGCAACGAGCAUUCAAUCGUGGAAUGCAUUCGAAGAUUCCAAAGGAGAACGUUCAAUUGAGAACACUGUCAAAAGUAGCGAACCAGUCACCAGCCCAUUUACUUCAGAUGCUGCCUAUCAGUGUUUUGGAUUUAGCAUACACGAGUCCUUGGGUAAUGAUAUAUUUCAAAGAGCUGCAGACAAUACUGGACCCCCUUUAUCUAGUAUAACAUCUCAUUCCACGGUAUUGUCGCAUGAUUUCCGCGCGCUUCCUGCAGCGGUUUGUUCUAUUACUUUGGAUGUAGUACAUUCAAACGUGACAAAUCACAAGUCUUCCAAUCCAUUUGAUCUUCCCGAUGAUUCUGACAUGGAAUCUAGUAAUAUGUCUCAGUUCUGGGACAUGAAAUCUUUGCAAUCGGCACUUCCAAAUAGCAGUUUACCAACUUCCUUUCUUGGUGCUGUUACCCAGUCUUCGUUUCCCCCAAAUCCAGUUACAGGCUAUGUUCCUGGUGGAGUGACAUUUGAUCCUCCCAUAGGCUCAUUGGGAUUUAUUGCAGGACAAUCACCGAGCAACCAGUUACCGAAUGUCCCGGCACAAGGCCAUGUUGCAUCUAUCGGAGGAAAUCCUUUUGCAUAGGAUUCAAACGAGUCUACUGAACUUUUCUAGCCAAUCUUGCAUUUCUCUUCGUGGACUCCAAACUGACAGAGCUCUUCAUCUAUAUGGCUUUCACGUUCUUUGCAAAAUGAGUCCUGGCUUUGAAAAUCCUGUGUAGUCGUUCGUGACUACCAGUCGAACUCCUGGGGUUUGUAUUAUUACCAUUAGCUUACCAUUCCAACUGAGAGUGUAACUGUAGGAGCUUUGAAUUGAUUGUAUAAUUAUAAUAGUGGGGAUUUUCUCAACCUGUCCGCGCACAUUCUUGAAUGGCUUAGUCAUGUAAUAUUUAUUGUUCUGGGAGCCUCUGGUUUGUGUAAUCAGUACAUUUUGUUUCGUGUUCAAGAGAUAUUUUCAUGUAUACUUUUUGUUUCGUGUUCAAGAGAUAUUUUCACGUCGCUUGUUA